CCUGCUGGGGCGGAUCCUCAGCUUUGGCAGUGGUUCAGUGCAGUGAACACGACGCAUUCGGGAGCUAUCGUAGUGCACGAGCUGCAGAACGCUCUCGUAAAUGGCGAUUGGUCGAAAUUUGAUCUCGACACCGUGAAGAUGUUGAUGACUAUGUUUGAUGUCGAUCGAAGCGGGACGAUUGGGUUUAAUGAGUUCUGUGGCCUAUGGCGAUAUAUCCAAGAAUGGCAGGGCGUGUUCAGGCACUUCGACAGGGAUCGUUCUGGUUCUAUAGAAGGCUACGAACUCGCCGAAGCACUGCGUAGCUUUGGUUACAAUCUCUCGCCUUCCAUCCUUACACUCAUCGAGCAGAAAUAUGCGUCUGCACCUGUGGGCGGUUACGGACCACCGCCUGGCAUUACGUUCGAUCGAUUCGUCCGUGCAUGCGUCGUCGUGAAGUCGCUCUCGGAAUCCUUCCAGAGGGCCGACACAGACAGGGACGGCUAUGUGCAACUGAACUACGACGACUUCAUGAGGGUUCGUCUCAUGUCGCAUCCUAUUUCCGCACCUCUGACUUGUUCCGCCGACAGAUUGUUCUAA